AUUUCAUGAAAUGCAUUCUGUUGGCCAUUGUACCUGCCCUUCACACAGAUGGCGAACUCAACACCGUCCUUUACAAAGAUGGCACCCCGCUCCUUCCGCUGCGUGAAGCGCUUCCGGCAGUGAUGUGGCCUGGGCCGGGAAGCGGGAGAAGGUUCCAGGCGCCGCUGCCGCUGCCAUGUCGGCUGUCAACAAGUCGGUGGAACUGCAGCUGCAGGUGCGGCAUCAGUCGGAGGAGCUGAGGGACUUCAUGAGGGAACUAGACGGCUGGGAGAACGACAUCAAGAAGAAGGAUGACGAGCUCCGGCGGCAGAGCGGCCUGGCCCCGGCCCUGGACCCGAGUUUACCACCUGUAAGAAAUCGGAAUUACAAGAAAAGAUCAAAUAAAAAGACUGUUUCUCAAAAUAAUAAAAAGAACAAAGAAAAUAAAGCAACACGGAUAAAAUCUUAUGACUAUAAGUCUUGGGAAAAAUUUGAUGUGGACAAAGUAUUGGAAGAACUGGAUAAAAAUGAUAGUACUUCAGAGCCUGACACAGAAGAUGAGGAAAUAGAUGUAGAGAAAGCUCUUUCAGAGAAAGAAAAGGGUAAUAAUUACUUCAAAGAAGGGAAAUAUGAUGAAGCAAUAGAAUGUUAUACCAGAGCCAUGACUAUGGAUCCAUAUAACCCAGUCUUCCCUACAAAUCGUGCAUCAACUUUCUUAAAAUUAAAAAAGUAUGCUGUUGCAGAAUCAGAUUGUAAUUUGGCAAUUGCAUUGGAUAAAUCCUUCUUGAAGGCGUAUCUUCGACGAGGUGCUGCUCGUAUGAAAUUGAAAAACUUUCAGGGUGCAAAAGAAGAUUUUGAAAUGGCGUUAAACUUGGAUGUACAAAACUUUGAAGCACAAAAUGAACUCAGAAAAGUGAAUGAGGCUCUUGCACCAGAUCGGAAUCAAGUAAGCAAAGAUGAACAAAUGAAUACCAGUGAUGAAAAGCAACUGACAGAGGCCCAAGCAAAACAGGAGGCAAUUUUUGAAAAAGACUUGGGCAAUGAGUACUUUAAAGAAGGGAAGUAUUUAGAAGCAGUUGAAUGCUACACUAGAGGAAUGGCAGCAGAUGGCGCCAAUGCACUUUUACCUGCCAACCGAGCCAUGGCUUACCUUAAGCUUAAGAAAUUUGCAGAGGCAGAAGCUGAUUGCAGCCAGGCAAUCUCACUGGAUAAUACCUACUCCAAGGCAUUUGCACGAAGGGGAACUGCCAGAAUGUGCCAAGGGAAGAUGAAGGAAGCGAAAGAAGAUUUUGAAAUGGUACUGUUGCUGGAACCAGGAAAUAAACAAGCUUUAACUGAGCUAGGAAAGAUAAACAAGGACUUGGCUUUGCAAGGGGUUCCAACACAACAGACAUCUUCAACAAGCAGCAAAGGUCAAAGAAUAAUCAAACCAAUCGAUAAGCCACCCCAUCUGAGAUCUACUAAACCCCUAUUAAGAGUUGCUAUUGAAGAAGUUGGAGAUACAGUGAUUAAUACUAAGAAGGAAGCAGCUGCAGUCAGUUUCCCUUUUGAUCUUGCAGCGAAACCAUCAACUAUGGUAUCGGCAGUCGAAGAAACUAAUAAAAUUCAGGAGAAAAACACACCUGAUGACUGUCCUGUGCCAACUGUUGAAGCACCCAAUGCCAAAAUACAUAAAGUUGAAGAGAGAGGACAUCAUGUUGUAUCAGACAAGCAAUCCAUUACAGCCAAUGCUGCUGCUGUAGAGAAAUCAGCAGAAAUGAAGAAAGUUGAAGUGCCUCUUUUUUCUCAUUCUGUGAUUGUCCCUCAAGCUCCUGCCAACGCCUUUCAACUUGAAGCAGACCUCCGCAAACUGAAAAACUACCCAGAGAUGUUAUAUAAAUACAUAAAGCAAAUUGAGCCCUCUUUGUAUACACAACUGUUUCAGAAGUCUUUGGAACCUGAUAUUCUAAAUCACAUUUUAAGAAUCUUUCAUGAUUCGUACAUCAGAUUUGAGGAACCUUCCCUAAUUCUAGAUGUUCUAAGGAACUUGGCAAACGUGAAAAGAUUUGAUAUGGCGGUAAUGUUUAUGUCGGAAUCAGAAAGACAAGUUGUAAAGGACUUAUUUGAUCAUCUACAGAAAUCUGGUGUUGAAGAAGAAUCACUUAAAACAUUGAAGAGCAGAUACAGUGUUUGAAAAAUCCCUCUGGCCUGCACAUAAAUAUAGUAAAGGGGAAAAUUUGUAUUUGAUCUAAACCCCUCUUGUAUAGUAUUUCCCUCAGAGAUAAUUAUUUUCAUGUAAGGUUGUACCAUGUAUGUACAAUAUUUCUCUUGACCAGUUUCCCUUGGCUGUUUUGGAUAAGUCAUCAGUACUUUAUAGAUUUUUAUCAAGCUAAUAAUGCAGUUUGAGAGAGAUGUUUUUGACAUGUUAACAACAUUUGUCUUCAGUCUCAAGUCCAGCUCAGAUUGUGGAACUUCUCCUGGAGAGAGAGCCUUGAUGGAACAAAUUUGAGGGUCACAUAUUGGCUGCUUGAGCUACUGAGUCACACUUUUUUUUGGUGUUAGGAAUUUUAUUUUGAUUAGGUUUCUCUUGGCAAAUAAAACACCGUUUUGAUUUUUCCUUCUCGGUUUCAUUUGUGAGAUAUCAUCUAUUUUCACUGUUUGAGAGACUGGUCAAAAUAAUUGCUAAUAAACUUGUCUCAAAGAAAUUUUGCCUAAUACUAUCAGGUGUUCUGACAAUUAUUUUAUACUAAAAAGAAAAGCUCCAUCUUGUUGGACAGUUGCGAAGGCUAUGGCUGAGACUUAACAGUGAUGACCCUAUUCCCUUGUGCUGUACGUUGUUCUGACUGUUUAAAACUUGACAUUCUUGGAUUUGUCUUGAUCAGUGCAAGAUGAAAAUCCUCAUCAGUGAGUCUCCCUUUUCAGCAGUAUUCAACCUCUGUACUACCUGAGGAAUGGCAGUAUGCUUCCAAGUCUGGAUGAGUGGCUCUUAGGGGAACUGAACAGUUGGUGUUUCCAUGUAUCCGCUACCUUUUCACUUCUAGAUGGUAGUUAUCGUGGGUUUGGAAGGUGCUGUCUGAUAGCCUUUGAAUUUCUACAGUACAUGUUGUAGAUGAUACACACUGCUGUUACGGAGUGGAUGUUUAAAUGCAUGCAAAUCAACUGGCCUGCUUUGUUCUGGGUAGUGUCAAGCUGCUUGUGUUGUAGGAGCUGUACCCGUCAGGCAAGUGAGGAGUAUUUCAUCACACUCCUGACUUGAGCCUUGUAGAUAGUGGACAAGCUUUGGAGAAUCAGGAGGUGAGUUAUUAACUGCUUCUUAGCUUCUCUCCUGCUCUUAGAUGUUGUCAGUGGGGAGUGUAGUGAUGUCAAGGGGCACUGGUCAGAUUUGUGUUUGUUGGAGAUGGCCUUGAGUGUCAGGCCUACGUUUUCAUGCAGCUGUCAAAAAGAGAUGAACCCAAGACCUCACCUGUCAUUGUAGCCAGUAGUGGUUAUGGUUUAAAAAGGACUGUGCCUAAGAAGUCUCGAUCAGUUUCUGCAGUGCAUCAUUUAGAUGUUACACGUUGCUGCUACCAAGUGUCAGUGGUGAGUGAGUAAAUGCUUGUGAAUGUGAAUCAAUCUAGUGGGCUGCUUUUACCUGGAUAAUGGAAAGCAUUUUGAGUGCUUUUUGGAGUUUCACUCCUUAGACAAGUGGGAUGUAUUCUGCCAUGCUCUUAUUCUUUUUCAGAAUGAGAACCUUGUUGGCUUGGCCUGCAUUUAUUGCCCAUUAUUGAGAGUCUGGGGUCACAUGUCCAGAUAUCUAGUCCAAAUGAGGUAAGGGUGGCGGUUUCCUUCCCUAAAGGGCAUUAAUGAACCAGAUGGAUAUUUCAUGACAAUGGAUUCAUGGUCAUCAUUGGACACUUAAUUCCAGGAUUUUUUUGAUUGAAUUCACCAUCUAUCAUGGUAGGAUUUGAACCUGGUUCCCGAGAACAUUACAUGGGUCUCUGGAUUAACAGUCCAGCGAUAACACUUCUACCUCCCGUAAAGUUGUGCCUUCUAGAUGUUGGACAGAAUUCAAGGAGUCAGGAGGUGAGUUAUACCAUCUAGCUGAAUCUAGCUAGUAUUCCCUAGAGCACUUGUAUGCUGUUUCUAAAGAUAAGAUGUGUUUUUGUUUUUUGGUUUUACAGUAAAAGCAAGAUAAGUUAAAGAAAAAUGAAAGACCAGCCUUAAAGCCACACAACGGGCCAAAUAGAAUGCUCUGAGGUUCUCUGAAACUAUGCUGGGACCCUGCAGGUAGAUGAGGGAGUGAGGACCUCUCUUCUCAGGUGACUAGAAUGCCCUCCAGAAAAUAUCUGAGAAGGCAGUGAGAGCAGACAGCAAAUUGCAGGGUCACCUGAGGAACUGGGUAUCAAGAUUUUUUUUUUGGGUGCACACAAGUAUCCAGCUCAAUAAUUGUACUUUCAACUGUCCUUACUACACACUUCAGCACAAACCCCUCAUACUUCUCCAUUUGCCACAUUCUGUUCAUUCAUCAACCCACUAUCUCUCAACUAUAACUAACACUUUGCAUCAGUCUCAUACACUUCUACUGCUGCAUGCCACAAACUGAUCUCAGAUUGCAACCACUGCAGACACACCAUUGAAAUCCUUUGCAUCACUCACACGUGCUUGUUCUUGCACAGUAAGGUGGCUCAGAGUAGGUGAUAGCAGGAGCUAAUCAGCAGGCACCCUUGUGGAGGAGACAGCCUUGGUCAUCAUUGAUCAGCUGUCACUGUGGCUUGUGGCUGGGCCAAAACCAUGGAAAUUACAAGUAUGUUCCUGGCUGAUCAAUCUUCUCUAACCCUUUCAUUUAUGGAUAAGUGGUAUUGUCACUGGCCUGGUAAUCCAGAGGGCCCCAGGCUAGUGCACUAGUUGCAGGAGUUUAAAUUCCAUUAUGGAUGACGGUGAAGUCUCAAUUCUAGGAAAUCUGGAAUUUAGAAAAAAAAACAAUGACUCGGCUAGUGACAGCUAUGUGGCUGUUGUCAGUUGUCAUAAAAAUCUAUCUGGUUCACUAAUGGUCUUUUAUCCAGCAUCAUGGGCUUACCUGGAACUUAAAAACCAGGAAAUGAGGUCAACUGUCAACAGCCUUCUAACAGGUUAAAGGCAAUAAGGGAUGUUCAUCAAAUUCCAGCCUUGUCAAUUGUGCCCACAUCCCAUGUAAAUAUAGUUUCAAAAAUUGCAGUUCUGUUCCAAAUGACAAUUACUGGAUACGUGAGGUAUAAGACUGAAAUCUGGCUUGAUGAAUCAUUAUUUUGUUCUCCUGCUCUUAAAUGAGCUUUCACUGGGAUAUUGGCACACAAUGCUGCAAAUCUAUUUUGACAAUAAAACAAGUUUAUUAUAUAAGAGAAUAAUCCUUUUACAAAGUCUAAAGAUUUUGAAACUCAUGGUAAAAUACAAUCCCAUUAAUUCUAGUAUCACUCCUUUACGUAACUCACAUCAGAGAAUUUCCUUCUCUUGUAUCUGUACAGCUUAAUUUAACUGUAGCUUCAAUUGCCCACCUUAAGAAUCUGCUCUCCUAUUCCUGAUGCCUUCAUACAACUUAGACCUUUGCAACUUUAAAUAAAUUCAUUUUAUGACCAUUGA